GGGGGAGGGGUGGGGCUGCCUCAGUUGAUGCCCCCAGGGACCCUCGCCCCUCCCGGCUGCCCCUGUCUGGCCUCUGUCUGGAGGGAGGGACUGGCCCUGUGUCCGGCCUGGGUUGCCCCAGAGGAAUCGGAGACCCAGCAGAAGCUGUGGCCCCGCCUCCCUUUUCUGUGCCAGCAGGACUUGGAGCUAAGGACAUCUAGGUCCUGGGUUCCCUCUGAUGGCGAGGGGGGUGCUCCACCUUGGACAGACCGAAGGAGCUGAGGUUCUAGGAUUUCAAUUUCACUUUCUGAACCUGGAGGUGCAAAUGGCUUUGAGGGGACUGUGAUGGAGGCACAAACAGAGCCGCUCCUCUUUGGAUCAGUCUAGGAAUUGAGGUCACACUAAUGGCCCCUCUUUCUAUUUGAGCUACAUGUGGAGGUGUUGUAGGUACACCUCUGUAGCUGAACAUGGUUAAGACUCAGGGGAAACAGCAGGCUCCUCUAGCUGAGCCCCUGCUGUUCCCCACCCCUCCCUAAAUGCAGACUGGGUUGCUGACAGGCUUAUGCUCUAGUGCUGGGUUUAAAAGGUGACAGUAAGAACUUUGUUAUUGCAGGGGUUCUUGCCACUUUGUUUGCAUUCCAAACGGACUUCUCCUCAAAGAAGUCUCCCUAGCAAUAGGGGCUGAAUUACUUGGGAAUAUGGGGCACGACCUGGUCAGCUGAGUGUGGAAAAAGAGGAAUUUCUGCUGCUUUCAUUGUCCAUGGGCUUUCCAGGUCACACAACCUACAAGUAGGGAGCAGGGACAGAGAGAGAGAGCCUGCAUGCCAAUUCUAAGCUCUUCAGGAUCAAAAAUGGCAGCCUGUGGAGGCACCUGCAAGAACAAGGUGACUGUCUCUAAGCCUGUGUGGGACUUCCUGAGCAAGGAGACCCCAGCCCGGCUGGCCCGGCUUCGGGAGGAGCACCGUGUGUCCAUCCUCAUAGACGGCGAGACUUCUGACAUCUAUGUCCUCCAGCUUUCCCCGCAGGGCCCUCCCCCUGCUCCUCCUAAUGGGCUCUACCUGGCCCGGAAGGCUCUCAAGGGGCUGCUGAAAGAGGCCGAGAAAGAGCUGAAGAAAGCUCAGAGGCAGGGAGAGCUUAUGGGCUGCCUAGCUUUGGGGGGUGGUGGGGAACACCCUGAGCUGCACCGCCCAGGGCCUCCCCCUCCCCCUCUGCGAGCAGCCCCGCUCCUGCCCCCAGGGGCUCGGGGGCUCCCCCCGCCUCCUCCUCCCCUACCCCCUCCUCUUCCUCCCCGCCUUCGGGAGGAGACAGAAGAGCAGGAGAGCACCUGCCCCAUCUGUCUGGGGGAGAUUCAGAAUGCCAAGACAUUGGAGAAGUGCCGGCACUCAUUCUGUGAGGGCUGCAUCACCCGAGCCCUGCAGGUGAAAAAGGCCUGUCCCAUGUGUGGCCGCUUCUAUGGGCAGCUGGUGGGCAACCAGCCCCAGAAUGGGCGGAUGCUGGUCUCUAAGGACGCCACACUCCUGCUGCCAAGCUAUGAGAAGUACGGCACCAUCGUCAUCCAGUACGUCUUCCCGCCCGGUGUCCAGGGGGCUGAACACCCGAACCCAGGAGUUCGGUAUCCUGGCACCACACGGGUGGCCUACCUCCCGGACUGCCCUGAGGGCAACAAGGUGCUGACCCUGUUCCGCAAGGCAUUUGACCAGCGUCUCACCUUCACUAUUGGCACGUCCAUGACCACAGGGAGACCGAAUGUCAUCACCUGGAACGACAUCCACCACAAGACCAGCUGCACAGGGGGACCCCAGCUGUGCGACCCUCCUUCGUUUUCUUUUCCUUGGCUCCUCCCCUUCUCUCCAUUUCCAGUGAGGGAACCACAUCGGGCCCCCUCUCUCUGGGAACCUCCCAACUGGAGAGGACCACCCCCAAACUAUUCAACCAUCUUUUCCGUCCCAGUUUCUCUACAUUAAACCUGGUCCAAUAUGCCCAGCUUCACCUAUGAAAAUAAGCAGAAGUGGGCUAAGUUAUCUCAGAUUUGCAUAUCCUUAGGGGAGACGGGAAGGGGCUGGAAUGGGGCACCCAGAAUGAAGGUGAGCAUGAGGCUAAUACGAGUAAGCUAAAACAGCUAAUCCUGACCUUCAUUUCUCUUUGCUCCCAGGUUUGGGUACCCGGACCCCACGUACCUGACCCGGGUGCAAGAAGAGCUGAGAGCCAAGGGUAUCACAGAUGACUGAAGGACGUCCCCUUUGCCAGGCCCUUGCCUUUCUCCAUAGGACCCAGCGGAAGCCUCUGUUCUCCUCUCUCCCUCUGCCCCCCACGCCACACAAAUAGGGGACCAGUCUGACUGGGGAAGGAGUUCAGAGAGGGAGGGGGCAAUCCCUUCCCCUGUCCCCCACAGGCCAAGUGCUUCAGUGCAGUGCGAGAGCCACUCCCUUCUGGCAGAAGGCUCUGCUCCCCUCCUCCCUGUGUACAUACUCCCGAUCUCCCUACCCCCCUCCAUUGCCCUUGGCUUUUUCUGGUAUGUGCUGUGCUCCAGUGACUAAGCUGAGAAAGGACCUGGGUGGGGAGGGAGGGUCUCUUGAGCCCCCUGCCCCCACAAACUUCUCCACUGCUGAACUUAAGUGUGGGGGAGGGGGAAUGGGGCUGGUGUGAGCCCCCAAGGAGACGGCCUUGUGUGUUCUUCAGAAAUAAUCCCCCCUUCUACCUUAACCUUGUCUUUUCUCUCCUGUGUCUCCGUCUCUGUCAGUCUGUCUCCCGCUCUUCUCUGCCCCCUAUAAGGAGCCUCUUUACCCUGUUCUGGAAUCGCCGCCAGACUGUAGCUUUUAAUUUAAUAAAAAUAAAGUAAAAUAUGCAACUCUC